UCGGGGCGUGAAAGAGAGGAAGCUGCGAUCAACACAGGCAGGGCGUCUGAGCCUAAACAAGGACAAAGUGAUCACGGUAUCAAUGCUCUAACAAUGGACUUAGCAGAUAUGCUUAUCGUCAAAUUCUUCUGUUUCGUCUACUUAAUAAAUUACACCCAGGGUUAUCAUUAUGGGAACCCCCUGAACAAGUAUGUGCGUCACUACGAGGGUCUGUCCUAUAACACCUACGAGUUACAGGACAAGCACCUGAGAGCCAAGAGGGCCCUCCACCACCAAGACACAUUUCUCCAUCUAGACUUCCACGCACACGGAAGACAUUUUAACCUGAGGAUGAAGAAAGACACCAGUCUGUUUGCUGAGGACCUGAAGGUAGACAUGGGAGGACAGGAGGUGAACUAUGACACCUCUCAUAUCUACACUGGAGAAAUAUAUGGGGAGAAAGGUACCCUGAGCCAUGGGUCUGUGGUGGAUGGGAAGUUUGAGGGCUUCAUCCAGACGUACCAGGGGACGUUCUACGUAGAGCCAGCUGAGCGAUACCUGAAGGACCGGGACGUUCCCUUCCAUUCAGUUAUCUACCACGAGGACGACAUCAAUUACCCCCACAAGUAUGGUCCAGAGGGGGGCUGUGCCGACCACUCUGUGUUUGAGAGGAUGAAGAAAUACCAGGCCACCGCCAUGGAGGAGCCAAACACGAAGCUCCAUGCAGAGGAGGCGUCCAGUGACCCGGUGUUGCUGAGGAAGAGGAGGACGGCUCAGAUAGAGAAGAACACCUGUCAACUCUUCAUCCAGACAGACCACCUCUUCUUCAAGUACUACAAGACCAGGGAGGCUGUCAUCGCACAGAUCUCUAGUCACAUCAAGGCUAUUGAUGCCAUCUACCAGGGAACAGACUUCAUGGGUAUCCGGAACAUCAGCUUUAUGGUCAAGAGGAUACGGAUCAACACUACUACAGAUGAGAGGGACCGGUCCAACCCUUUCCGCUUCGCUAACAUCGGCGUGGAGAAGUUCCUGGAGCUGAACUCUGAGCAGAAUCACGACGACUACUGUCUGGCCUACGUCUUCACUGACAGGGACUUUGAUGAUGGUGUGCUGGGUCUGGCCUGGGUUGGAGCUCCUGCAGGAAGUUCUGGAGGGAUCUGUGAGAAGAGUAAGCUGUACUCUGACGGGAAGAAGAAGUCCCUGAAUACCGGCAUCAUCACUGUUCAGAACUACGCCUCCCACGUCCCUCCGAAGGUCUCACACAUCACCUUUGCCCACGAGGUGGGACACAACUUUGGCUCGCCGCAUGACUCUGGGUCAGAGUGCACCCCAGGGGAGUCUAAGACCCAGGAUAAGAAGGAGAAGGGGAACUACAUCAUGUACGCCCGAGCCACAUCAGGAGACAAACUCAACAACAACAAGUUCUCCGUCUGUAGUGUCAGGAACAUCAGCCAGGUCCUGGAGAAGAAGAGGGGAAGCUGCUUUGUCGAGUCAGGCCAGCCCAUCUGUGGUAAUGGGUUAGUGGAGCCAGGGGAGGAGUGUGACUGUGGAUACAGCGAUCAGUGCAGAGACCAGUGUUGCUAUGACGCCGACCAGCCUGACAACAGGAAGUGUAAACUAAAACCCAACAAAGUCUGCAGUCCCAGCCAGGGCCCGUGCUGUACUCCUGAGUGCUACUAUAAGGGCCGUAAUGAGAAGUGUCGUGAGGAGUCUGAGUGUGCUCAUCAGGGCAUGUGUAACGGGGGUACGGCCCAGUGCCCCACCUCUGAACCCAAGGCCAACUUCACCGCCUGCCACGGAGAAACUCAAGUGUGCCUCAACGGGGGCUGUUCUGGCUCCAUCUGUGAGAAGUAUGGUCUGGAGGUCUGUACCUGUGCCAGCGUGGAGGGCAAGGACGAGACUGACGAGCUGUGCCACGUUUGCUGUAGUGAGAAAAUGAACCCCAACACCUGCAGCAGUACGGGUUCAGAGAAGCUGGCCGGGUUCUUCAAUAAGAAAGUCACCACGCUGCCUGCGGGGUCUCCCUGCAACGACUUCAAGGGCUACUGUGACGUGUUUAUGAGGUGUCGGCUGGUGGACGCGGACGGCCCUCUGGCCAGACUGAAGAAGGCCAUCUUCAACCCUGAGCUCUAUGAGAACAUUGCAGAGUGGAUAGUGGCUCACUGGUGGGCAGUGUUGUUGAUGGGCAUCGCUUUGAUCAUGUUGAUGGCUGGCUUCAUUAAGAUCUGUAGUGUCCACACCCCUUCCAGCAAUCCCAAACUGCCUCCACCCAAACCACUACCAGGCACGCUAAAGAGGAGGAGAGCCCAGCAGCACGCACGGGACGCCCGAGACGCCCAGGUGCACCAGUCCCAGUCCCACCACGGAGGUGGAGAUCACGGCCAGCACCACCCAGUCUCCGGAGGCCAGCGGCAGCAGCCCUCACGCCAGGCCCAGCCACAGCCCCAGCCUCAGAGGCAUCACCGCAGCCAGGGCCAGCCUAGAGAAAACUACCAGAUGGGUCAGAUGAGACGCUGAGCUGUUGAGACACCGGGGCUCGGGGUGGGACCACUCGGGGUGGAACCGCUAGGUCCGCUGCUCCUUCCAUCGACUGCUCCUUGCCUUGGCUCCUCCACGUGCCUAUCUAUGUAACUGGUGGGACUGGGAUUUGAACCGAUUUGUGGGAUUUUAAUCCGGGUCUCCAGGGUGGGAAUCUGACAUCCUAACCAUUUAGAUCAACAGGAUUUUCUUCGCUUUUUCUUGAUUGGAAUCAAGGGAAAGGGAAUCACACUUUAGUUUUUACACAUUUUUUUUAGGAUUUCCUCUUGGUCUAAUGGUUAAGGUGUUGGGUUGCCACGUGGGAGGACCUGGGUUCGAAUCCCACCAGUUUACACCUAACAGUAGGAUAAAACACUUGCUUCAGUCCUUCCAAAGAACAGCCUUAAACUGGUUGUUUUACCAUCCUCAUACCCUCCAUCUACAAACAAAACAGAGUUGAGAAAGUGAGAAUAAACUGACCCCCCCCCUCUCCAACAACCACCACUGACUAGAGCCUGCAGCACGGCUGACCUCUUCAGUCUUGUUUUCUGUGGCUCUCUAUGUGCAGUGGAAUCCACCAUCAGUCAUUUUGUUUGACCAUCCACCAUUUUUUUAUCUUGUGGAGUGGAGUGGAAGUGACCAUCCACCAUUUUGUUUUUUUGUGGAGUGGAGUAGAAGUGACCAUCCACCAUUUUGUUUUUUUGUUUUGUGGAGUGGAAGUGACCAUCCACCAUUUUGUUUUUUUGUUUUGUGGAGUGGAAGUGACCAUCCACCAUUUUGUUUUGUGGAGUGGAAGUGACCAUCCACCAUUUUGUUUUGUGGAGUGGAAGUGACCAUCCACCAUUUUGUUUUGUGGAGUGGAAGUGACCAUCCACCAUUUUUUUAUUUUUUUAUUUUUGUGGAGUGGAAGUGACCAUCCACCAUUUUUUUAUUUUUUUUUUUUUGUGGAGUGGAAGUGACCAUUGGCCAUUUCCAAUGCAGUAGGUCUUCGGUCUGCCUCUUUUUCCCACCAAAUCUUUCUUUCUUUCAAUGGAGUGCCAACGAGUGGAGGAAUGGAAUGGUUUCAUCACGUGUAGCUUUACUACCUUCGGUCAUGUUUUUUCUUUCGAUUUGUAAAGUACCUCCGCUUUGAGUGAGAACACCCAUGUGAUCCGUGGCUCCUGGUUGGUUGAAAUGUUUUGUCAGCCAUAGUAGCCAGGAAAUGAAGUGAAAAACACUCGGAGGAGAUUUGCUAAAAACACAACGUUUCAAACAAAACUGGGAAAAGAGACGAAGCUCUUCUCUUGGUUUCUCCAUGUAGAGACUGACUGUCUUCUGCAUGUGAUUGUACAGAUUUCAUUGUAACAUAAGUGAAAAAACUAAACUAUUUCUUCUACUGUAAAUGUACGUAUGAUUCUUGACUGUGUUUUUGGGUUAGUACUGUACUCUCAGGACAGUAACACAAAUGAAGAUAUCUGGAAUAGUAAAUGGACAGCAUUUCACCAAUCAAGUUCUUCUUUUACUGCAGUGAUGGAAUCACAUGGAUGGAAUUCUCUAUGGCGUUGUGUUUAGCGUCCGGUUGCAAGAUGCUCUAGGUUCCAAGGGUUGAACAAAAAGGUCACCGCCAUUUUCCCACUACUUCUCACCUUUGACCUUUUGUGACUUUGAAGAUCUCCAAGAUCUCUUCAUCGGGUAACGACUUGUUCUGAUCACGUCACGAUGACAUCAUGAUUAAUGACUUGUUCCGGUCGCGUCAUGAUGACAUCAUGAUUAAUGACUUGUUCCGGUCGCGUCAUGAUGACAUCAUGAUUCAUGACUUGUUCCGGUCGCGUCACGAUGACAUCAUGAUUAAUGACUUGUUCCGAACACCGUCAUGAUGACAUCACGAUGUAAAGACUUGUUCUGUUGACGUCACGAUGACAUUACGAUGUAACGACUUGUUCUGAUGACGUCACGAUGUAACGAUUCGGGAUAGAAGAAUCAGGGGAAAGAAAGGAAAGGGAACUUCAUUUUUAGUUUUUACACACUUCUUCUUUUUCUUGAUAUGUUUUGAUGCAGAAGAAUAGAACAAAUAACCACUAAUGGAAAGCUGAUGAUUCUGCCUGUUAUAUUAGGUCAGUGAUGCGUUUUUCUUUAUUUUUUUUAAGAGACAUUUUAUGGCACGCAUUCAAAAUGGCAGCCUAUUCACUAUUUAGCCCUAUGCACCCUUGGUCAAAAGUAGUGCACUAUAUAGGGUUUAGGGUGCCAUUUCGGACAUACACUUACUUUAGUACGGAGUGCAUUAAUAGUAUCAAAUUGCUAGGUUUAUGUGAGUGUGGAAAAUAAAUACAAAAACAAUUCCAGAAUGGAUGAAAAAAAAAAAACAUUGAAUACAAUUGAUAUCAAACUGUUCAUUUUCAAUGUGGGCAUGGAGUCAUUAUUAUUAUUAUUAUUUUUUAAUAUGACUACGGUUGAUUUGACAAAAGGUCUGUACUAAAUUGUCUGUUACGUAAUUGAUCACAACCGAUAACUUGCCAAUGAUAGCUGGUGUUUACUAGUUUGGGUCUGUAGUUCAGACAGCAGGGGGAGGAGUUAUUCCAAGAUGGUGGCACUUUCAAACUAACACUAACACUAUGUAUAGAGCUAGAAUCUGGAUUGAGUGGUCUUCCAUCCUGCAACAAUGUGUGUGGAGGCCUGGAUUGGGUUCAUUAGGCAUCAAACGGAAGAAAACGGACUGCAACACGGAAGGGCCUACCUGGAUUUGUCUAUAAAAAAAAGAAACGUUCAUUUUCGUUUUUUUCCCGUUACAAAACGUUUUGAACACCGUUUUCUGCUGUUUGCCCUAAUGAAGACGACCCUGUUGUGUUGCUCCUCUGUGUCCUUUACCGAGGUGAAGACUGUGGGCUUUUGACAUUUAACAUUGGUGUGCCAUACAUGUCUUUGUACUUGUGGGCGAACGAGUCAUAUCAUUUUAUGAAUGAGUCACAUCUUUUUCUUUUUAUCAUUACCUUCUAUGUAGGAAAAGCCAGUAGGAAGGUCUCUAAAAGCCAUGCACUAGUUUGAAUGGAUGUCACAUAGCCUGGACCCAGACCUACUACUGCUGUCUGGCCAACUCCUAUGGUAAUUGUCAUGCCAAACAGUGAUUUGACUAUGAUUUAUUUUAUUAUUUUUUUGCAUAGGAGUUGGCCAGUCAAACAGAUGUGGGGGUCCCUGGAUAGAAGUGUCAGGGUUUUUUUGAGGAGAUAAAGACUACGAGACAGGAGUACUAGGUGUUUACUCCUGCCCUUUUAAAACUACAAAGACGGUAGGCUGGGUUGAUGUGGAACAGCAUUUGGAACAUAGCCUAGAUCACGUAAGCAACUUCAAAGCUAACCCCAACCAUACUGUUCUGGGUCAAAUCUGUUCUUUUCAACACUAUCAUGCUGACCCCAACCAUACUGUUCUGGGUCAAAUCUGUUCUUUU